AUGCAGCAGCCGCCGCAGCAACAACAACAGCAACCAUUAUCACCUCUUCCAGCAUCUCAAAACAUUCUUGCCGGUGGUGUUCAUGUGGGUGGAAAAACAUCAUCGGAAUUUUACACGGUUGAAGUUGGUGAUACAACUUUUACAAUAUUAAAACGUUAUCAAAACUUGAGACCGAUUGGUUCGGGCGCACAAGGAUUUGUUUGUGCUGCUUAUGAUCAAGUUCUAGCUCAAAAUGUGGCCAUUAAAAAAUUGAGUCGUCCAUUUCAAAAUGUCACACAUGCCAAACGAGCAUUUCGAGAAUUUUGUAUUAUGAAAUUAGUGAAUCAUAAAAAUAUCAUAUCUUUAUUGAAUGCAUUUACGCCACAACGAACAUUAGACGAAUUUGCUGAUGUUUAUUUGAUAAUGGAAAUUAUGGACGCUAAUUUGUGUCAAGUGAUACAAAUGGAUUUAGAUCAUGAGAGAAUGUCCUAUUUGCUUUAUCAAAUGUUGUGCGGAAUCAAACAUUUACAUACAGCUGGAAUUAUUCAUAGAGAUUUAAAACCAUCAAAUAUUGUUGUUCGGUCAGAUUGUACAUUGAAAAUAUUAGAUUUUGGCUUGGCAAGAACAGCUGGUACAUCGUUUAUGAUGACACCUUAUGUUGUGACACGAUAUUAUCGAGCGCCUGAAGUUAUUCUUGGAAUGGGAUAUCAAAAUAAUGUUGACAUAUGGUCAGUCGGGUGUAUUUUUGGUGAAAUGAUACGUGGCCAAAGGGAUGAGGACGAAUUUCUCCCCCCGUUUGAAACUCGGAAUAAGUGGUCUCCGAAUAUUGAUCAAUGGAAUAAAAUUAUUGAACAAUUAGGAACGCCCACGAAAGAUUUUAUGAUGCGUUUACAACCAACUGUGAGAAAUUAUGUUGAAAAUCGGCCACGUCAUCAAGGCUAUCAAAUUGAUCGUCUAUUUCCCGAUACAUUAUUUCCACCUGAUAGUGAACAAUCUAAGUUAACAGCUGCGUUAGCCCGUGAUCUAUUAUCAAAAAUGUUGGUUAUUGAUCCUGAAAAGCGUAUAUCUGUUGAUAAUGCUAUUAAUCAUCCUUACAUAAACGUUUGGUAUGAAGAUUCUGAAGUGAAUGCGCCUGCACCUGGUCAAUAUAAUCAUUCGGUUGAUGAACGGGAACAUACAGUUGAUCAAUGGAAAGAGUUGAUAUUUCAUGAAGUUAUUCAAUAUGAAUUAGCUGAAAUUUCCAAGUAUCAACCACAACAGACGAUUCCUCAACAAGCGCAAUUACAACAAUCUUAUUUGGCUUCAAUGUUCAACAAUGUUGUCAAUGGUGCCACAACUCCCGGCGCACAGUCAAUAGAUCAAGAACAAAUGAUGGAUGCAAACUAA